CACUUUUUUUUCCUCUUUUCUCUGUUGGCGAAAAAAAAGUCUUCACGGGACUCUUCCCUUAAUACAGAUAGUAUGGUUCGAUCUCUUUGUUGUUUUGCAAGCUGGUUUUAAACGGUUUCUUUCUUGCGCCGCCUCUGCAAAUCCAUCUCAUGUUUUGUUGUAUUUUCUUCUACUAAGACGAGACCAUAACCUUUUUUUUUCUCUCUCGUCUGUAUACAGGUUAACACAGGUGCCUGUCCAACACAACCAGAUUUUUUACUUACCGGUGCGGUGGCGUUUACGAAAGGGUUUCCUUUCAUUCUCAUCAUCUUUUCUUGUCCUUCUCAUGAUUCCUAAGGCUCCGUCUUGCUAGAUCAGGACCUUCCCCAUCCUCAAAGUCGUUUGAUACAGAAACAAAACUUGUACCACCACAAGUUCACCCCUACUGUUGGAUUACCACCUAGUGACAGGUUAACCCCUGAAAGCACACUUAUUACCCUGUUUUUAUCACUCCCGACUCGGGUAUUCACCCUAUCAUGUCUCUUCACAGGGUUGGUUCGAUCGAGUCUUUGUCGUUCGCACCUACUGGUGAGAUACGAUCGCGCCGCGGAUCCGACGCCUCGGUGAUAUCUGUGCGCCCGACCAAGCUCACCUUUAAUCCCAUCCCGGAGCAGUGGGAUCCUCCGUCGGAGCGCCACGGCAAUGUUCAGGCUGUUGGAGCGUUCGAGGUCCCGGAAUGGAAGAGGAUUUCACAAGUUAUUGCCGCUGUUUUUUACUGUUUCCUAGCGGCGGGUGUCUGUUUUGGCUAUGCAGCAAUCAAGCCAGUACUGAAGCAAGAGGGUGCAUACCAAGACGUUUGUAUCGUUGAUGGCACCGUUGAUGACACCUGCGUCGAAAUCCAUCUUAAUCUUAUGUUCACUGUCGCUGCAGUUGGCACGAACGUGGCAGCUCUGCCAAUAGGGAUCGUACUUGACAAGACCGGUCCCAGAUUUUGUGGUCUACUUGGCAGUGCCUUUCUUGCUGCUGGUUCCCUGAUGCUGGCGUAUUCCAAGGCCUUGCCAUUUGAUGGGUUACUCUGGGGUUACCUCCUCACUGCUCUCGGUGGCCCCUUCAUAUACAUUUCUUCUUUCCAACUCAGCAAUGCAUUCCCGAAGCACUCGGGCUUGAUUCUUGCGUUGCUGACGGGAGCCUUUGACGCAUCAAGUGCACUUUACCUCAUCUAUAGACUCAUCUAUCAGGCUACAAGUGGUGGUUUUGGCUUGAAGAGCUUCUUCCUAGUGUAUCUGACGGUGCCGGCUCUCAUUGCCGUUCUUCAGCUGACGUUGCUUCCCAAGCAGUCUUAUAAGACAGUCGGUGAGAUGAUCGAGGAUAUCGAGGAGCCUGGCAGGCAUCGCGAGGCCGACGAUCAGAUCGACGAGGAGACCGCCCUACUCCGGGAAGAAGAGAGACACCAGAUUGAAGACCAGGUUGAGGAGCUUUUGGGUACACGCAAGGUUGACAAGCAAGUCCAGCGAGAGAUCAAGAAGAAUGAAAGGUCGGGGGUCUGGGGUGUUAUGCAUACGGCUACUAUCAAGGAGCAACUCAUGUCACCAUGGUUCAGUCUUAUCAUGAUGUUUACAGUUGUGCAAAUGACGAGGAUCAACUUCUUUGUCGCGACAAUUUACCAACAGUACAGCUACCUCUUCCACAGCCAUCAACAGGCCCGCGAGAUCAACAACUUCUUCGACCUGGCACUGCCAAUCGGUGGUAUUCUGUCGAUUCCAUUCAUCGGCACCAUCCUCGACCGUACCACAACCGUCACCGUACUCAUUUGUCUGGUUUUCGUGGCGACCACCAUAGGCAUACUGGGCAUCAUUCCACAAGCCUGGGCCGCCUACGGACAUGUUUGCCUCUUUGUCCUGUACAGACCUUUCUACUACACGGCCGUUUCGGACUACAGCGCCAAGGUCUUUGGGUUCCGGACGUUCGGUACCGUCUAUGGUGCUGUGAUAUGCCUGUCUGGCCUGUUCAAUUUGUCACAGCCCGCGCUCGACUACAUGUUCCACAUGACAUUUGCCGGCAACCCGACCCCGGUCAACGUGAUACUCAUGUCCGCAGGCCUGCUGGUGGGCGUGGCGCUGGUUAUUUUCGUCAGCGUCAAGGCCGGUCGCUUCGGUCAAACUCAACAGCGAGACUCGUCACCAUGUGUUGAACGACGAGCAUGAGCGGGUGGCUUAUGGUCGCCAUGUUUGGAAAACAGAAGGGUUCCAACUUCAGGGCUGCCCAAAAAGUUUGUUUGAGGGCAUGUAAGUCUACUAAGGCACCAUUGUGGACGUGAGAAAAAAGAGGUGCUGUGUGGUCGAUACCUGUAGCGUUGAGUCGGGGCGUUCUGCAGAGUUCAGUCGCGCAGUACGCAAUACUUGUACCGAGGAAAUAAAAUAGUUUUGAAUACAACGCCAAAAAAGGAAUGGUUGGGCCCUACUACUUCUGUCAUUUCCGGAAAAUAAUCGCUACAUGGUGACAUAUUAAUAUGGACAGACUAUGCAUAUAGCCUCUCAG